UGUGAGCAGCCCUGCAGAAAACCCUGCCGAGCAUGGGAGCUGAGCUGCCAGAGACCAGCCCGGGGCUCCAGGGCACAGCAAGGUGAGCAGCUUGCAGUGAUACACUUGGGAGAGUCCUCUUGAUGGUCUGAACUGAGGCUCUCUGAAUAUAAAACCCUGAGCAUCUACUGAGCAGACCGUAAGAAAUGGGUGACUGGAGUUUCUUGGGGAAUAUUUUAGAGCAGGUGAACGAGCAAUCCACUGUCAUCGGGAGAGUUUGGCUCACAGUACUCUUCAUUUUCCGCAUCCUGAUCCUGGGCACGGCUGCCGAGCUCGUGUGGGGAGACGAGCAGUCAGACUUUGUGUGCAACACCCAGCAACCUGGUUGUGAGAACGUCUGCUACGAUGAGGCCUUCCCCAUCUCCCACAUCCGGCUCUGGGUCCUGCAGAUCAUUUUUGUAUCCACCCCUUCACUCAUGUACUUCGGACAUGCUGUGCACCACGUCCGCAUGGAGGAGAAGAGGAAAGAGAGGGAGGAAGCUGAGAGGCGCCAGCAAGCUGAGGUGGAUGAAGAGAAGCUGCCCCUGGCUCCAAACCAAAACAAAGGCAACAACCCUGAUGGAACCAAGAAGUUUCGCCUGGAAGGUACUCUCCUGAGAACGUACAUCUUCCACAUCAUUUUCAAAACCCUCUUUGAGGUGGGAUUCAUAGUAGGUCAGUACUUCCUGUAUGGCUUCCGAAUUCUGCCCCUUUACCGCUGCGGGCGGUGGCCCUGUCCCAAUCUUGUGGACUGUUUUGUCUCCAGGCCCACGGAGAAGACCAUCUUCAUUAUGUUCAUGCUGGUGGUGGCUUCCGUGUCCCUCUUCCUCAACCUGGUGGAGAUCAGUCAUUUGAUCUUGAAAAGAAUCCGGAGGGCUCUGAGGAGGCCAGCAGAGGAGCAGCUUGGAGAGGUCCCAGAGAAGCCCCUCCAUGCCAUCGCAGUCCCCUCCAUCCCAAAGGCCAAAGGCUACAAGCUGCUGGAAGAAGAGAAGCCGGUGUCCCACUAUUUCCCUCUCACGGAAGUAGGGGUUGAGCCCAGUCCCCUUCCAUCAGCCUACAAUGAGUUUGAGGAGAAGAUUGGGAUGGGACCACUGGAAGAUCUCUCCAGGGCGUUCGAUGAGAGGUUACCAUCAUAUGCGCAAGCGAAGCAACCAGAAGACGAGAAGGUACGAGCAGAGGAGGAGGAAAGAGAGGAGGAGCAGCCAAGGCCUCAGGAAGAGCCAGGGGUGAAGAAAGCAGAAGAGGAGGUGGUGAGAGAUGAAGUGGAAGGGCCUUCAGCACCUGCUGAACUUGCUGCUGAUAUGAGACCCCUGAGCAGGCUAAGUAAAGCCAGCAGCCGGGCCAGGUCAGAUGAUUUGACUGUAUGAAGGUGCAGGAUGUGGGGAGCACAUGAAAAGGAAAAAGUUGAAGAGAAAAGGAGAGAUAGAGAAAGAAUCAAAAGAUAUUUUUAAGCAAAGUGCUAAAAUGGCCACUUGAAUAUUAUUUCCUUUUAAGAUUUUCAACUGGAAAGGUACUACCAUGGUAACAGUGCCUUAUUUGCCCCAUAUGUCCCUGUAUUUCCCUGUUUCCACAUGCCAGCUCACUCCUUACAGUAAUAUCUACACUGUACACAUAACUGAUGUAUUUUAAAGCCUAACACGGCAGUGAUACCCAAAUGUCGCCACUGUGAUCAUACUUACUGAAAGCCUUGUGUUCCACAUUUCCCUAGGAAUGUGGGGCAGACCUGUCUUUCAGCCAGUGAGGGGAAAGACUGAUCAACAACUGUACCUAGUCUUUCUCUUUCUGUUUCCUCCUAUGGCUCACUGAGCAGAGCUCCCCUUUGCUGUUGGCAUGGAAUUGCAGUUAUUAAUUCACAAAGUGAAUUCUGUGCUUAGCAUCAACACACUAAAAUACCAAG